AUGUUACUUAAUCGGUCCACAACGUCAUUAAAUUUAUUUGUAUUUAUGUUCAUGUUUUUACUUUAUAUGUUUAUUGGUGCUCUGAUUUUCUCAACAAUUGAACGUCCAUCAGAAAAAGUAAUUAUUCAAGAAAUGACCACAAAACGAAAUGAAUUUCUUAAGAAUUUUCCAUGUGUUAAAGAAAACGAGUUUGAUAUAUUUAUGGAUGCCUUAAUUGAUGCCAACAAACAUGGCGUUGAUGCACGACAAAACACAUCAAAUUGGUCGUUUUCACAAUCAUUUUUCUUUGCUGUAACUGUUGUGACAACGAUUGGUUAUGGUCAUGUAUCCCCAUUGUCAGAAAUUGGUCGUAUUUUUUGUAUUGUAUAUGCUAUAAUUGGUGUACCAAUGACACUCAUUUUACUAACGAUUAUUGUACGAAAAAUUUUGAUACUUUUAAAUAAAUCUUAUUUAUGGUUUCGUCGAAAUUAUUCAACGAAUCGUACGUCUGAAUCUUGUUUACGUUAUAUCCAUUUAUCUAUUAUAUUAUUUAUAUCGUUAUUAUUUCUGUUUAUCAUACCAUCAUUAAUAUUUUCAUAUAUAGAACAAGACUGGAAUAUAAUUGAUGCAUUUUAUUAUUGUUUUAUCUCCCUUACGACCAUUGGUCUUGGAGAUUACGUCCCUGGUGAUAAACCAGUUCAAAACAAUAGACUCAUGUACAAGAUAUGUAUUACAAUUUAUCUUCUUGUUGGUGUUACAAUAAUGAUGUUACUUGUCUCAAUGGUAUCUCAAAUGCCUGAAUUCAGAGUGGUACAAUAUUUUCUUAGUGAGACAGAAGUUGAGAAUGAUCGCAGUAGUAAUGAACAUUCUGGUCUAUUAUGGUUUGCCCAUUCACCUCAAUAUGGUAUUCAUUCAUUACCAUCUGCGUCCUCUUCGAUCUCAUCGAAUAUAGUUUAUCGACGACAACUAAAUGAUAAAGAAUCAAAUAAUGUAUUAUCCGGUGAUCAAACUUUAAAUACUACUACUGUCUCUAUUGGACAUAGUGAAUAA